AUGACCGUUCAACUCAACGCAAUUCGUCCCAGUUGGGCUGGGUACAGCAACCUCAAGCAUCUUGUCAUCUUCGGCGACUCCUAUUCAGACGUUGGCUACCAAUACAGCGACAAAUCGUCCAUCCCUACUCAUGACGAACCUCUCGGCAUUCCUUUCCCGGGCGUAACCUGGGCAGGUCCUGGCAUGCCCAACUGGGUUGGCUAUCUCAUCACCGAACACACGCAUCACCCUCUUCUGGUUUACAACUAUGCUGUUGGAGGCGCUUCGAUGCCGGAUGUGCGAGAUCAGAUACAGGUGAACUUCAUGCCUAGGGUUGGCCAGAAGCCCGACUGGGCCCCUUGGACGAGCGAAGACACCCUGUUCACUACUUGGGUUGGCAUCAAUGACUGCGGCUUUCUGGACCCCGAACAAGUCCCCGCGACCGUGGAAGGCUUAUUCGCCCAGCAGCAUUCCUUGUACAAGAUCGGCGCACGCAACUUCUUGUUCAUUGACGUCCCUCCCAUUCACCGAUCGCCAGUUGGUGUCAACUUCUCGUCCGUAGACCCCAACUUCCGGGUGACAUAUGAGAAAUGGAACGCCUCGCUACAAGAACACAUCGCCAAAUUUGCCAUCGACCAUCCAGACGCGACCACUCUCUUCUACUCGUCCUGGGAUACCCUUAUCCGGGUCAUGGAUGACCUUCCGGCACACGGCUUCAAAGCGGAGGAUGCUUCCCGUUCAGGUGGGGAUGUUUGGACUGAUCAUAUCCACCCAACGCACAAGGUCCACGAUUGGUUCGCGCAUGACAUCGCCAAGGUGCUUCACUCCCACCCGCCUUACGACUCGGCUGGACACCGGAAAGACAACAAAGCGGGCGACUAG